UGUCUCUGGUCCCGCUAAAGCGUUGUGUUUCCAUGGUAGCUGAGAUACGAGUCAACAAUGAAGUUCGCUGUGAUAAGGGGGCCGCCUGACAUUUUAUACAGCAACUCAACAACACAAAAGGGGACAAGGCGAGCAAGUGCAUGGUUUAUAUUGCCGGUACAGAUGGUGGUGCCGGAUGGCAAAAACUUUAGUAACAUUUCUGAAGGUACUUUUCAUAGAAGACGCGUAUCUUUUUUUGGUCGUUUUGCGAGGCAGAAGGAAGCGCCAUUAUUGAGUGCCACACGGAACUUGGAGUUGAAGCGUAAGCUAAAUUAAUUAGCUGAACUAAUGUAACGUUAGCAACAAGUAACAACACAUGCACAUGAUACGGCGUUAUAAACGCACAGAAAAUGUUUAAAAACACAUUUCAAAGUGGAUUCCUAUCUAUAUUGUAUAGCAUUGGGAGCAAACCUCUUCAGAUAUGGGAUAAAAAGGUCAGGAACGGCCACAUAAAACGGAUUACAGACAAUGACAUCCAGUCGCUGGUGCUUGAAGUGGAGGGAACAAAUGUCAGCACAACUUACAUCACAUGUCCGGCAGACCCAAAGAAGACACUUGGCAUCAAACUACCUUUCUUGGUUAUGAUCAUCAAGAACUUGAAGAAGUAUUUCACCUUUGAAGUCCAGGUGUUGGAUGACAAGAAUGUGAGGAGGCGGUUCCGGGCCAGUAACUACCAGAGCACCACGCGGGUAAAACCCUUCAUCUGUACCAUGCCCAUGAGGCUGGACGAUGGCUGGAACCAGAUCCAGUUCAACCUGUCUGACUUCACACGGCGGGCCUACGGCACCAACUACAUCGAGACGCUCCGUGUGCAGAUCCAUGCAAACUGCCGCAUCCGGAGAGUGUACUUCUCUGACCGACUGUACUCCGAAGAUGAGCUCCCUGCAGAGUUCAAACUGUAUUUACCCGUACAGAACAAAGCAAAGGUGAGCAUAAAUAAUGUCCAUUUCAAGAUACAUUUGAUAUUUUGUCAUAAUGUAGGCCUACAGCCAAUGUUUCCUAAAAUAAAUUCCGGCACUGAGCUAAUUUUAGGUCUGCUGAGCACCAACUUGAGCGAAAAUUCUGUGUCACCUCUGGCGCGCGUUUCCUGUGAACACUGAGGCCUGCUUAAGUUAGUUUGCUACUGUGGCUAUUUUAUUAUAAUGUAGGACUACCAGAGUGGCCUAUCAUCAAAAGCAAUGGAGAAAAUCCAUCCCAUAACAUUUUAACAUGGAACUAUUGAAAUAGUGAAUAAUAGUUCCAUGAUACAACCUACAGUAGCAGUGUGAUGCUUAUUUGUUCUUAUUUAUACAGCACUGCCCCUUCAAGACAUAAGAAAGCUUUUACCUGACUUGCUUUUCAAAGAUGGCUAGAAAUGUACACAUUUUGUGCUUUUGUUGGAAGCCAUCACUCCAUUGCUGACUAGCUAUAACUGGGCUGAUAACUAGGGAUAAAUAUCUUGCUUUGAUCCCAAAACAUCUAUUCACGACCGCUCGUGCCUGUCAAUGCAAUAGAAUCCAUCCGACAAUGAGCUCUGCCUAAAACUAAAUCUGACUGAGUCGUGCAUAGUUCAUUUUGUUUCCGUAUGUUGCAUUGAAAGGGGGCUAAUAUUAUGUUGACUCGAACAGAGUGAAACAGUGACGUUCAGUUCAAUCUCAUGUGUCUUCGCGGGCUGGUAUUUCUUCUGGACUGCAUGUGGAGGGGACAUUGACUACAGUCUGCGCACCAAAUUCCCUUUUAUAGUGCACUACUUUUGACCAGGGUCCAUAUGCAGCUCAAAGAAUCUGUUGAAGUACAAUAUGGAUUGCAGUUCUUGUAGCUAAUUGACAUGUUUGUCUUCUGUAUUUUUAUAGCAGUAGGGCAGCUGAAUCGAUUCUCCUCCUCCAUAUCUGCAGAUUGUCUGAAUUUGUUGUAAUGUUUGUUUUUCUUUCAUAUUUUGGAACCAUGUGAUUGUUUCUCUGCACAAUAAACAUUGUUUAGCACAAAAAUCA